AUGGCGUCGUCGUGCAUCCCGGGCGGCGGCAUCCGGCUGCCGGACCUGGAGAUGGUCAGGGCCUCGCCGCCGCCGGCGCCGCCCAGGCCGGCGCACUCCGCGGCGUCCUCCACGCUCUCGGAGGCGUCCAACGCGUCCGCGGCCUCCUCCUCGGCCACCUCGUCGUCGGUGGCGGCGUCGCUGUCGCUCAACCGCCCGCGCACGCCGCGGAAGCGGCCCAGCCAGACGUACAACGAAGCAGCGGCGCUGCUCGCGUCCAUGUACCCCUCCGUCUUCCCGGUCGCCAGGGGCAAGGGGGCCACCGACGCGGCGGCGCCGCCCCGCCUCCUCGGCCUCGCCUCCGCGCUCGCCGACGACCCGUCCUAUUCCGACCUCCUCCCGCCGUUCCCCGUCCCCGGCGGCGAGGCCGCCUUCCUCCUCCGCGACCUGCCGCCGCCGCCUCUGACGCCGCGGAGCCCCGCGGCCGCCGCUGCCAGGGGCUGCCCGUCGCCUGCGGCCGUCAGCAGCGUCUUCAACGAGUUCCGCGACCCGGCGCCGUCCCCUGCGACCCCUGACGAUGCUGCGGCGGCGCCUGACGAGCCCGGGGAGCUCGACUUCGACGAUGACGACGGAUUCGACGCCGACUCUAUCCUGUGCGGCGUCGACGAGGGCGCGGCCGAGGGCAUCGAUGGCAUCAUGGGUAAGCUCUCCAUGGAAAACAACGGGAAGUCCGUGUCAAGCUCAAGCGUCAACUCCAACCUGCCCAGAUGCAAGAUGAUGCACCCUUACCUCAGGAACCUUAUGGUGCUCGGGCUCAGCUUCCGGCACGAUCAGAGUGUCAUCAAUCAAGCGCUGAAGCGGCAUAGCGUCGAUCCUGAAUGGUGGAUGUGCCCUGCCAUACCUGUGAAAGACAUUUCGCCGGCACCACCGCCUUCAGUGGCAAUGUCUAAAGUGACAGACAAGAAGAAGACUAAGAAGAAGUCGCUGGGGACAAUAUACGAGGAGGGGAGUCCUGAGUCUGCCAAUGGCGACACUGGAGCUUUGGCACUGCCAGAGACAGGAUACACUGGAGCUUUAGCACUGCCAGAGACAGGAUUGGGGCUGAGCUUGAACACUGACGGGGUGCUCAAGGCGUGGCGUGGCAGAGGCUCUGUGUUCGCUGAUGGCAAUGGGCCUGACUUGCCAUUGUCCUCUGCUCAUGUGGUAGUUAAACAUGAAGACAGUGAUCUCUUCCCAAAGAAUGGUACCAGCGCUGUUAUCAGGGAAGGCAACAUUCUAAAGAUGCAGCGCAAGCAGAAGCCGUGCACUCCCCUUCCCUCUAAUAAGCAGAGUCGGUACUACCGGCCUCGGGUCAAGCGUUAUAGCGCGGCAGAUGUAGAGAUGCCUGUAGAGUGGCAUAGCUGUCAUGUGAGUGAAGUCUGGGAUGAGCAAUAA